UAUGAAGGAAGCCAGAGCACUGAACGGAGCGUCAGUCUGUAUCCUGACAGGGGGAGAUAAGGUGGCUGGGGAGCCAGCGGUGCUUUCCUGGAAUACAAUCUCUGUUUGACACUCUCUGCUUAAGCACUGCCCAUCUGUAUGUUAUUGUGCUGGAGCCUCUGGGGAAAAAGAGGAGCCACAGGCACGGAGAGUGAACGAGGGAGGCAGCAAAAGCGUUUUUCUUCCCUUCUUUUCCUUUUUUUUUCCUUUUUUUCCCCUUCUUUUCCUUUUUUUUUCUUUUUUUUUUCCCCUCUUUUAAAUCGGGGUCUGGUUAGACUGCCUUGAAGUGCCACAUCUGGAAACUGAAUGCUGAAAGAAAGUUAAAAUAACUGAGGCAUCACUAAGCCAAGGGGGGCUGAUUGCAGAAGAGGGUAAACAAUUACUGAGACGCUAGAAGACCACUGCUGGAUGUAAGGGGAGGAAAUGGCUUUGAUCUCCGUCUGGCCCCUCGUUUCUCCUAUAUUAUUCUUUUUGAGAUGCUUGUCCUCCAGCACAGCCUCAAGUGAGGGAAGCAUUUUUCAGUUUGACAUUGAAGGUAGCUCAGCGGUCAGCACGCAAGAAGCCACUGUUAUCAGAGGGCAGCAGCAGGCAGUAGCUACUGGAAGUUGGGUGACUUUUGCUGAGGGAUGCCAAGAAGGAUUUUAUCGUACCAGCUCAGGAAAAUGCUCUCCUUGCAACUGUAAUGGUAAUGCAAACAGAUGCCUUGAUGGAUCUGGAAUCUGUGUGGACUGUCAGAGAAACACAACAGGACAGCACUGUGAGCAGUGUCCAGACGGCUUCAUUGGUGAUGUUGUCAGAGGAGUGCCCACGUUCUGCCAGCCCUGCCCCUGUCCUCUGCCAGCACAUUCUAAUUUUGCAGUCUCCUGUUACAGAAAAAGUGGAAGUGUGCGUUGUGUCUGUAAAGAAAACUAUGCAGGACCCAACUGUGAAAGGUGUGCCCCUGGUUACUAUGGGAACCCUUUGCUAAUUGGAAGCACUUGUAAAAAAUGUGACUGCAAUGGCAACUCAGAUCCAAACAUGAUUUUUGAAGACUGCGAUGAAGUGACUGGCCAGUGCCGCAACUGCCUGCACAACACCAGCGGGUUCAAGUGCGAACGAUGUGCUCCGGGUUACUAUGGGGAUGCCAGAUUUGCUAAAAACUGUACAGCAUGUAACUGUGGAGGGAGAAUGUGUGACAGCCAGACUGGAGAAUGCCUCGCAGACAGUCCUGAAGCUUCUACUGACACAGACUGCCCAACCAUCAGCUGCGAUAAAUGUAUUUGGGAUUUGACAGAUGACAUCCGGUUAUCAGUUCUGGCUAUCGAUGAAAGCAAAUCGACUUUACUGAGCAUUUCUACAGGUCUUGCAGCUCAAAAGCGCUUGAAUGACUUGAACCUCACUACCACCCAUCUCCAGGAGGCAAUGUCCAAAAAGAAGAGCCAUGUUGUGCUUUGGAGUAUCCAGGUCGAAGACGCUGCAGAUGAAAUGAAUGACCUCCUGAGAGAAGCAGCAACACUUGAUGAACAGGGAAGUGAAGCAUCCAGCAAAGGCUUAUUGGUACAGAAGGAAACCAUAGAGACCAACAACCGUGCUACUCAGCUUGUGCAGCAGCUCAAUAACAUGAGAGAUAACAUUGAAGAAAUCAGCAGCAAGUCAAAAUACCUCGUAAUUCAACAACAACAAGAGCUGAGCCCUGAAGAAGUUGCCCAGAAGCAAAGUGUGGCUGAGGAGAUGCUGAAGGAGAUCAAACGUCGUAAGCCUUUCACUAAUCAAAGGCAACUUGCAGAUGAAGAGGAAAAUGCAGCAGAGAAGUUGCUACAGCAAAUUGAAGCGUUUCAUGAGAAGUACAAUGACACCAGAUCCCUAGUAUCUGACGUGCUAGAGCAGCUCAGCGAACAGGAUGUGAAGCUGUCAGAUCUGGAGGAGGCAUUAGACCAGGCACUUGACUAUGUUUUACAAACGGAGGAUAUAAAUAAGGAAAACACAGCCAGUCUCCAAAGGCGUGAGAAACAACUUGAGAAAGUAAAAAAGCAAAUGGAUGAAGUGAACAGCAUUUUGCUCAGUGCCACAACUAUUUUGGAAGAACCACAAAAGGUCAACUCUGAUUUAAGUGAAGUAAUAAAGAAUGCAUCAGGGUUCUACGCAGAAAUAGAUGGAGCGAAAAAGGAAUUGCAAGAAAAAAUAGCCAAUCUGUCUCUGUUUGAUGAUGAUUUGGUAGAAAAGGCUAUGCAUCAUACACACAACCUAAGAAGACUUGCUGAUGAGCUGGACGGGAAUUUGUAUGGCGUCGAUUCAAAUGGUUUGGUACAAAGGGCAAUCAAUGCUUCAAAUGUGUAUGAAAAUAUUGCUGGUUAUAUUGAAGAAGCUAAUAAAGCUGCAUUGUUGGCACUGAACACAACAAACCGGGUUAAAGAUGCUGCAGUUGGAAUUGAUACUCAGGUCAUUUACCAUAAAGGUAAAAGUGAAGAACUUCUCAUCCGAGCCAUGCAGCUACAACGGACAACAUAUGACAGUAAUGAUUAUAACAUUGCAGACACCAGCUGGCAGGUUAAUGGCACUUUUGCCAGAAUGAAUGUUCUGCGAAACCAACUGAUGAGAGCCGUUGCAAAAAUGCAAUCAGCAGACCCAGUGGUGGCCAGAGAGCGUUUGGAGCAAGCUAAACAGAAGACUGCAGAGGCUGUAAGUGCUACCAUGACAGUAACAGAGGCUACGACCCCCAUGGGUGAGAAUGUGAGGUUAUGGUCGCAAAAUCUGCAAGAUUUCCAGCACAGUUCAGAGGCAUACGACAAUGCUGUGCAUUCAGCUGGGGAUGCAGUGAAGAAACUUACAGAAGUUUUUCCUGAACUCCUGGACAAACUGCGCAGAGUAGAACAGAAGGCACCAGCAAACAAUAUUUCUUCCAGCAUACAGCGGAUCAGAGAGUUAAUUGCACAAACCAGGAGUGUAGCAAGCAAGGUCCAAGUUUCCAUGAUGUUUGGAGGCCAAUCAGCUGUUGAAGUCAAUCCAAAGAUCAACGUGGAGGAACUGAAAUCUUUCACUUCCAUGAGCUUGUACAUAAAGCUUCAGAAAGACAAUCCACAACUGGCAGCAUCUCCAGACAGAUUCAUUUUGUACCUCGGAAACAAAAACGCAAAACAUUACAUUGGUCUUGCAAUUAAAAAUGACAAUCUUGUGUACAUUUAUAAUCUGGGGGGCCAAGACGUGGAGAUACCUCUGGAUGCCAAGCCAGUCAGCACCUGGCCUUCUUACUUCAGCAUCAUCAAAAUUGAGAGGAUUGGAAGACAUGGCAAAAUGUUUUUAACUGUGCCCAGUCUUAGCAGCACAGAUGAAGAAAAAUUCAUCAAAAAGGGAGAGGUUCUUGGUCCUGGCUCUCUCCUUAAUUUGGAACCUGAAAAUGCUGUUUUCUAUGUCGGUGGAGUGCCUCCAGGCUUCAAGCUCCCUCCUAGCCUGAACCUACCUGGCUUCAUCGGCUGUCUGGAAUUGGCUACCCUAAACAAUGAUGUGAUCAGCCUGUACAACUUCAAGCACGUCUACAACAUCGACACCACCACAUCGCCACCUUGUGCCAGAGAUAAGUUGGCUUUCACUCAGAGCCGGGCUGUGAGCUAUUUCUUUGAUGGCUCUGGCUACGCCUUGGCAAGAAACAUUGAGAGAAGGGGAAGAUUCAGCCAGGUAACUCGAUUUGACAUAGAAGUUCGAACACCUACGGACAACGGAUUGAUCCUGCUGAUGAUUAAUGGGAGCAUGUUCUUCAGCCUAGAGAUGCACAAUGGUUUCUUGUACCUUCUCUAUGACUUUGGCUUCAGCAAUGGUCCUGUGCUUCUCGAGGACUCCAUGAAGAAGGCUCAGAUUAAUGAUGCUAAAUUUCAUGAGAUUUCUAUUAUCUAUCACAAUUCUAAGAAGAUGAUCUUGGUAGUAGACAGGAGACAUAUAAAAAGCGUGGACAAUGAAAGAACAGCAAUGCCAUUCACAGAUAUCUACAUUGGAGGAGCACCUGCUGAGAUCUUGCACUCCAGCAGCAUUAUUUCACAUCUGGCAGGAAGUAUCGGCUUCAAAGGCUGCAUGAAAGGUUUCCAGUUCCAAAAGAAGGAUUUCAACUUGUUGGAAGAACCAGGAACACUGGGAAUCAGCUAUGGGUGCCCAGAGGAUUCAUUGAUGUCCCGCAAUGCAUACUUCAAUGGAGAGAGCUUCAUUGCAUCAAGCCAAAAAGCAUCUCUUUUUACUGAAUUUGAAGGAGGGUUUAAUUUCCGGACAUUGCAGCCCAGCGGGCUGUUGUUUUACUAUUCUGAGGGAUCAGAUGUAUUAUCCAUCUCUAUGGACAGAGGUGCCGUUGUUUUAAAUGCAAGUGGAACCAAAAUUCAGUCAUCAGACCGAAAUUACAAUGAUGGAAAAACCCACUUCAUCAUUACUUCUAUCACCCCAGAAAGGUAUGAGCUGACUGUUGAUGACAAGAAACAAAGCAAGAAGAAUCCAGCAAAGGACAGACCAGGGAAAAGCCCAGACAGCAUCAAGAAGUUUUAUUUUGGUGGCUCUCCCCUCAGAACGCAGCAAGCCAACUUCACCGGCUGCAUAAGCAAUGCUUACUUCACUAGGUUGGAUGAAGAGGUUGAAGUAGAAGAUUUCCAAAAGUACUCCGAGAAAGUUCAGACAUCUUUGUAUGGAUGCCCUGUUGAAUCUCCUCCGGUAGCUCUUCUCCAUAAGAAAGGAAAAAACUCAUCAAAAGCCAAAGGAAACCGUAAUAAAAAGGUGGAAAGAGAGAAAGACAAGAUUUCACAGCCUUCAACUGGCCUCAAAAAACUCUAUCAAGUGAAUAUGCAAAGGGACCCUCAGUGCCACUUGCCCAUGAAUCCCAAGGCAACCGAACAUGCAUAUCAGUUUGGAGGAACAGCAAACAGCCGGCAAGAAUUUGAUCACAUACCAAAGGAUUUCAGUCAAAGAGCUCAGUUCUCUAUCAGUCUGAAAACUCACUCAUCUCAUGGAAUGAUUUUCUACGUUUCGGAUCAAAAAGAGACCAACUUCAUGGCCCUUUUCGUUGCUCAUGGCCGACUCAUUUUUAUGUUUAAUGCUGGUCAUCAGAAGAUAAGGAUUAAGAGCCAAGAGAAAUACAAUGAUGGUCUGUGGCACGAUGUGAUAUUUACUAGAGGCAAAAAUAUUGGUCACUUGAUAAUUGAUGGUCUCCGAGUACUGGAAGAAUCUUUUGGCGGUAAUACUAAUGCUUGGCAAGUCACUGCACCACUCUAUAUUGGAGGUGUAGCUCCCGGAAAAGCCGUAAAAAAUAUCCAGAUUAAUUCUGUCUACAGUUUCAGUGGCUGUCUCAGCAACUUACAGCUCAAUGGAAGAUCAAUUACUUCAGCUUCGCAGACAUUUAGUGUAACGCCUUGCUUUGAAGGCCCAUCAGAAGCAGGAACAUACUUUUCAUCAGAAGGAGGAUAUGUCGUCCUUGAUGAAUCCUUCAGUUUAGGCCUGAAAUUUGAAGUUGUUUUUGAAAUACGUCCCCGAAGCAGCUCAGGAAUUCUACUGCAUGGUCACAGUGUGAAUGGAGAGUACUUGAAUAUGCACAUGAGAAAUGGACAGGUUACUGUGAAAUUGAAUAAUGGAAUCAAGGAUUUUUCAACUUCAGUGACACUGAAACAGAGUCUCUGUGAUGGCAGGUGGCAUCGAAUUGCAGUUAUUAGAGAUGCUAAUGUGGUGCAGCUGGAUGUAGACUCUGAAGUCAACCAUGUGGUAGGGCCACUAAAUCCAAAGGCAAUUGACCACAGGGAGCCAGUGUUUAUUGGAGGUGUACCAGAGUCUCUGCUAACAACGAGCCUGACUACACGCAAUUCCUUCAUUGGCUGCAUUCGUAACUUCAUGAUUGAUGAAAAGCCAGUGAGUUUUAGUAAAGCAGCUUUGGUUAGUGGUGCUGUAAGCAUUAAUACCUGUCCAGCAGCCUGAUAGCGCACUGCAUUGAUCCUGUAAAGUUCCUUAGACCACAGAAAGAAAAAUAGAACAAAAGUAACCAUGUUCAGCAAGAGAAGAAGAAUGAAAAUAUCACAACUACAUCUACAGAAAGCAGCAUGCUUAAGGGUCACGUCUAAUAUUUACACGCAAAGAAAAAUCACUGAAGAAUAAAGGGCUGUGGCUUCUGCACUUCUCUUACUAUACCACAAGAGUGAGCUUUACCAUUUCUUAUAGUGUAUGUGUGGCCAGUCUGUUACAUGAAAAUGUGGGAUUAUAAAAGAAAUUAAAAUUAUAUUAAAUAUGUUAUUUUCAAGAUAGAUCUCUACAUCAUUUCACUCCAUACUUUAGUCACCCUUUGUUUCACAGGAAAGCAUCUGCUAAUGCUCUUUAAAGAAUAAAGCCAGAUAAUAGAUUUACAUCACAAAUAACUUAAAAGAUUUUACUGUAUAUUUUUAAUUUUACAUUCCUCAAAUAAAAUGGGGGGCAGAGAGUAUACUAAUUAUGUAAGCUUACAAACAAUGAAAAAUUAAAAUUUUUAUUCCACUUCUAGACUUCAUGGAUAUGUUCUAGCACAGAGUAAAGACAGGAUGUAUAUCUUUUAACAUAGAUGCUUUACGUAUUUGAUCAUUUACAUACACUUGGCAGUUUUAGAGUAAUACUUGCCUUACAUAGAAAGAGAGAGACAAAAUUCCAAAUUCCAAGUUUUUUCUCUGAAUUUUUAAAUGCACUUACAUAGAAACAUAGCACUAAAUUCACAGUCUUGUGAUUUCAUUUGCAGUAAGGUAACACAAGUAAACAUGAAGCACAGAAAGUAGAAUCAUGGUCCAAUUUCAGUUGACUCUCUUAUUAUACAAAUUCAUCACUUCCUUGUGAGACUGCUGCAGGACUUUAUAGCAGUAAUACUCAAACAAAGAAUAUGUUCCCCUGGAAGAUAUGAUGCUGCAGAGGAACUGGGAGUGAAACAGGAAGAUGUAAACAGAAGGCAAAGGGCUGCAAAUCUGAGCUAUGUUAUAACCAUAGAAGGUAGAUGGAAGUUAAUGCUAGGGUUUAACUCACAGUAGGCUUGAACACAAGUCACUUGCAAAACUUUGUCUCUUCAGUGAUCACAUAAAGGCAUUAAAGCCAUUUAGGUUUCUUUUCUCUAAGAAUAAAGUACUGUUGACAGAAAGUUUUACGAAUGCUGGGAAAAUUAUUGUUGGAACCAACUCAAAAGAUGAUCAGCUGCAAAGCAGAAAGUAUGAAAGGCGAAACAAAGGACAACACCCUAGAGACUAAAAAUUGAUUGGGAAUUCAUCUGGAAAACACACAAGUGACAACUGGAAUCCAAAGA